GUGUGUUUCUACCCGGAUCCUUCACGAAUUGCACAUAGUACGCUUGAAAAAUUCUUUAGCGGGCCAAGAAAUCCACGGAGGGGUCGAUCGAUAAAACGACGCGUGUAGUUUAUUUGUGUAUUUGGGUUUGCCACUUUCUACUCCAUCCAUUAAUGGAAACGGACCACCACUGACUGGCUGAUAUUUGUGUGGUGGAUAAUUCUCAGCAUAUCAGUGACACUGAUAUGGAAGUAAAGAUUGUGAAAUACAUCCUACUUUCUUGUCUUCUGCAACAAAGCAAACAUCAUGGAGGUGGAAGACCCCAUAUCUGCCAAAUUUCGGACUAUCAUUGAGGGACUCAUGAUAAAGACAACGUCAGAUAUUGUGAAGGUUUUUGUUGACGUCAUGUUGGAGACGAGAAUGGAGAUCUCGCGUAGCUGGAGGGAAAUUGAUGACCUGAAGCAGGAGUUGGAACAGAGAGAAAAACAGCGCGCAGAGUCCAGUUUCAGAAGUCAAACGUCUCAAGUAACUUUCAAAACAGAAGCAGAUGACGUGAUGGUGUCCCAGCGGAGUCCCAUGAUUCUUGAAAGUACAGAAAGCAGGGGUGAAGUGCAAAUAUCUGAAGAUGCCACAGUUGAGGAAACGGACACCAGACAGGACAGCAUAUCAGUUCUUCACAAAGCGACUCCAGAAAUUACAACAACUGAAACAUCUGUCCCAGAGGCCCAGGUGACUCAGUUAGAAAGUAGACGUAAAAGAGGUCGUCCAUCUCCUUCUCAUACAGUCUCAGAGCAUCAAACAUCCGCCACAGAGACCAAAGUCUUGUCAAACUCUCUGAUACAAGCUCUUUCAGUGGUCAGCCCCCAGGAACCAUCUUCUAGCACAGACUUUAUCAUUCUGAGUAAAAGAUCACAGGGAAGAAGUUCAGUGUCAUCAAAUAAAAAAUACAUGCAAAAAACAAAUUCUGCCACACAAAGCCACAUUGUAACACACGCACUCCGUGACAGGCACCUCCUGAGUAGCCAGAAACCUUGCCUGUGCUGCACUUCAGACAAAAACCCAGAGCAACAAAACAAGCCAAAAGCUAAUUUACCAGUGGCUUCAUGUGUGUAUACCUGUAUGGAAUGUGGGACAAAGUUUCAGGAAAGGACAGAGUUUAAGAGCCACAAGUGCUCCAGCAAGCUUAAGUGCAGCAGGUGUGGACAGACGUUCACCAGUCUGAGGACUCUGGCCAGUCAUCGGAGUGUACCCCCUGCAUUGAAGAAGCCAUUCCCAUAUAAGUGCUACCUCUGUGAUCACAUGUUUGCUACUCGGUGUGGCUGGAACAUACACAAACGGAUCCAUGCCCAUGGUCAUGUUUCUGACAUUGCCCAAGACAUGCCCAGUCCCUCCCAUUCAUUUCCAGUGCCUGGAGAAUUAAAGGCCAAAGUGGAGGUUCGCUUAGAGAGAAUUUCAGAGGCUCAGUUGGAAGCUGCAUUAUUUCCUAAAGGCCCCUUGUUGCUACAUGACAAAAACAGUGUGAGCUCUGUGGGGCCAUCCAAGAACCUGUCCUCGGUUGUGGAACUAACACCAUCUACAGGGAGCUCUAAUAAACCAUCUGCUGGUACAAUCAGAAAUGGACCCAUGUUAAGUAAGGAAUCUGAAUCUAACAGCUGUACAGAACUUGUCAUGGAAUGCCAGGCUUCCAGUUCAGGGACUGAAUCAAGUGAAAGUGUGAGGCAGUCAGAUGAUGGGACAGAAGAUUCAGUUUUUCCAACUGCCUCUAGCAAAAAACAGCCAUCAGAAAAGUGGACCCAAUCAAAGUUGAUUGCACGUAGAGUUGACAGUGUGGAGUGUGAUGAAGGUUCAUCCAGUGCAAGUGAUGAAUUACCAAAAGGAUUAAAUUCACUUUCAAGGAAAAGGAAAAUGUCAGAUUGCAAUCAUGACAUAUACAAUGGCGUGUUUCCUGUUGAGAAAAUUCUUAGAUGGAGAAAUACAAAGGGUCGAAAUGAAGUCAGAAUCAAGUGGAUGCCUUGCUCAUUAUGUGGGGCAAAAUGGAAAAACACAUGGGAGCCAGCUGAAAGCUUUAUCUCUUUUAAGGAUGGCAAAAAUGAAGAAAUUGGAAACACAGACAAACAGCAUUGAAAUGUGUGGUGACAUUUAAUGUUUGCGCCAUAUGGUUUAGGAACUGAGAAUGUUUGUAGAUUUACUGAUUUUAUAUUGAGUUCUGAGCUUUGUGUUUGGGCACACAAAAGGAAAGAACUGAAUUCUAGUUAAGUAGUACCAUGGGAUAUGUUAUUUUACUGACCUGGUACAGCACUAAUGCUACUGCAUGCUCUGGUGUUGAAACUUUUAGUGCUGUUUAGCAAAAUCAUUGCAUUGGUCUUAUGUUUGCUAAUUUUUGUAAACAUAUAGAUGAUGUAGUAAGAGCAGCUUAUCUAACAUCCUAAUGUAUGUAAAGGAGUAAUUAAUUAAGAUAAAAAAUACCUAAUUAAGAGUAAAUGAAAUUGUAUACAAAGCAAAUAGCAAAUGAGACAGGUCUUAAAACAUUUUGAAUUGCUGCAGAGAAUCCUGGAGCUAUACUGCAUAUUUCAUAAUCUGUACUUUUCUACUCACCAGGAAAUCUGUACAACACCCGUAAGUAAAGAUACAGAGUAAUUGCAAGCAUACAGGUGGAAAGAUCCACAUUUUCUCAGUUCAUUUGUUGGUUUACUGCACCACAACAAAGUUGGUUUGAUUUCUUUGUGGUAAGAACCUAGUUUGCAUGUGCAUCAUGCCUUAAGGCUACUUCAACUAUGAAGUUAGCAGUAUUAAACUUGGUUGUACCGUCAAUGGUGUCCUCAGCAUUGGCUAUGUUUAAGAUGAUUUAAUUUCUUUUUGCAGUACUUGGGAAAGCAUUGUAUUACAUGGUUUUAUUGUGCAAGUUGCUUUGGGUGAAUGGUUUAAUAUUAAAUAUUGAAUGCUAUUACUGUUCAUCAUAAGGUAUUUGAUCUCUAUGAAUUAAGAGUAAUACAUGUUUGUGUUUUAAAACGUUGAGUAGUAAUUGAUUAACAUUACUGAAAUUCAACUGUAGAAUCAUCCUGUUUUGUCCUUUUAAAUCCUAAGAGCAUUUUUAAGUAAAUUUAAAAAAUCAGUUGAUCUAAUGGCAGUGCUUACGUGUAGCUGCACCAUAGUAAAAAAUAUAAAAAUAUAUUUAUAUAUGUUACCGAAUGUUCAUCUGUGGGGGUUUUUUCAUGUCAAUUUUUAAAGAUUUUAUUCUUUUUUUAAUUGCAUGUUGUUGUUUUUUUUGUUUGUUUUGGUUUUUUGUUUUUAGCAAGUUAGCUAACGUCUUUGCUGAUCUAUGCUGAUUCUGAACAGAAUGUCAGAUUGAAAUGUACUCCACGGUCUAGUCUAAUAUGUUAUUGUUCAAUAUCUUCAACUUGUGAAACUGAACAAGCAUAUCCUGUAGCACAAAAUUUCAUGUUCUGAAAACUAUAAAAAUAUAUCUUCACUCUUCAUUUUAUGGAAAAUAGUGCCUCUUUUCUGUGAAAUUAUCUAAAUGUUACCUGAGUUUUUGUGAAGUGGUUGCGGGUAUCUUUGUAUCUAUAUGCCAUCUUUACUGCCUGUAGUACUUCAGUUGAUGCUUGGCAAAAAUGCUGACAAAUUGCCAUGUUUGUAAGGCACUAGUGUGAGAGAAUGCACAAUUAUAAUAAAGUUCCAAAUUCAAA